AUGACCGCGAGCGCGCUGACCGCGGCGGCGGGGAUGCAGCAGCCGAUGAUCGAAGGCGGCGGCGACGCGAAGGAGGAGCUGAGCCGCCGCCGGCGGAGAGCGCCGCAGAUUUUGCUGCCGGACGCGCUCGUGCACGGCGGCGACGGCGACGGCGACGGCGCCGUCAGCGAGGUCGGGGACGUUCGCGCGGCGUUCAACGCGCUGUGGCCGAACGCGCCGUACUCGUUCGGGACGUACGGCAGGGACAGCGUGAGCAGCGACGAGAGCUACUACAAAGGGUUCGGCGGCGGCGGCGAGGAGAAGAAGAAGAGGAACGAAAAGCGGCUGGUGAUAAUCGUGAACGUGUCCGCGCCCGGGGACGAGAAGGCGGCGGAGAGCGACGGCGAGGGCAUGGUCAACGCCGCGGAGACGUUGCUCGAGCUCGGGAUACCGUUCGUGGUGUUGACGCUGUGGCAGGACAACGCGCUCGCGCGCUCCGUCGUCGCGGGGGGGCGGGCCGGCCGCGACGCGAAAGAAGAGAAGAACCAGCUCCGAGUCCUCAUGGAGAAGCGCACGAGGAUCCUUCUCGGGCGCAGCGUGAAGCGCAAGGAGGCGCGAGACGCGGUGCGCGAGGCGUAUUCGCGCGCGAAGAAGGCGCCGCAGGGGAGAGGGUUCGUCGAACUCGAGGAGGCGCUCGCGGAGGCGAGGGCGGUGGGCGCCGACGCGGGCGAGGGCGAGGUGAUGCUGGAGGAGAUUCGCGCGCAGGCGAGGGAGGCGGAGGAGAGCGCGCUCGCGGCGGCGCUGACCGCGGCGUGUCUGCAGGUUCCGGUGGACGUCCCCGGGUUGAAGGCGAACUUGCAGCGCGCGAAGGUGGUGUUGCAGAGGUACGACGCGGCGGUUUCCGCCGCGGCGGUUUCCGCGGCGGCGGCGGCGGCGGCGGCGCCGACGCCGCUCACGGAGAAAGAAGCCGCGGAGGCUGCGGAGGCGUGGAACGAGUCCGCGGCGCGCGCGGACGUCCUUCUGUCGCACGACGAGGAAUCGGAAUCGGACGCGGCCGAGGAAGACGGUGACGGCGCGUCGACCGACCGGGGCGCGACGCGCGGCGGCGUCCCCCUGCGCGACUUUGUCGCCGGCGACAGCGGCGAUUCUUCCCUGGACGACGAGGACGCCGCGACCACCGCGACCAAGAAGAGACCCAAAUCCGCGCUGCGAGCCGCCGUCGCCGCCGCGGAAGCUGCGCUCGAGGCGCUUACUCUCGAGGCGGACCUGCGCGUCGCGCUCGCGGACGAGGCGUCCCUGAACGUGGCCUCCGUGCCGACGCUGGAGGCGCUGAUGGUGAGAGCCGCGAAGGUUGCCGAGAGAAAGCCGCCGCUGACGGACGAGGGCGCGGCGAAGCUCAACACGCUCGUGUCGCGUUGUUUCUCCAGGGCGACCGCGCUGCAGGAGAUGGACCUCGCGCGCGCGACGCUGUCGGAGGCGCUCGAGCCGGAGUUGCGCGGCCGCGCGCUGCGGCCGGGGACGUUGGAACGCGAAGCCGUCGCGAAUUUAGAGAGCGCCAUCUCGCGCGCGAAAACGGCGGCGUGGCCGUGGCAGCUCGAGGACGCGGUGAACGACGCGGAGGCGGUCCUCGCGCGGUGGCGAGCGCUCGAGAAGGUGGAGCUCGCGAUGAAGGCGAGGAACGCGGCGAAGCUGCGCGUUUCGAUCGACGAGACGUCCGCCGCGCACCCGGCGAUCGAACUGCGCGAGGCGUUGAAGCUGUGCGAAGAGCUCGAAGCCGAGCGCGCGCUGGAGGGUGGCGAUCAGCGCCUCAAGGCGUACUUCGCCGCGAAUAAGGUGGCGUGGGCGAGCGGGUCGCCGACCGAAGAGGCGGAGGCGAUGCUCGCGACGAUACGCCAGAGCCUCGACAUCACGGACGCGGAGCACGAGCAGGUGACGCGCGCGGCGACGGCGGGGCGGCGGACGCCCGCGGAGGAGGCCAAGGUGCGUUCUAUACAAAAAAAUUUGACCCACCGCUCGCUCGGUUUCAACAUUUGA